AUGCCUUAAAUAGUUUUAAUUGGAAAAAUAGGAUCAGGUAAAACUACUCUGUAUAAUAAAAUUACUGGGUCAAAUGAAAAAGUUUAAUAAGGCGGAAGAUCGGUUACUCUUGCUGCUUUCUAAAAGAAUUCAAUUUAUGGUAGGGGAUUUACAGUAUUGGAUACUCCAGGAAUAGGUGCAUAAGAUGAUAAAAUGAAAUGUUAUGGAGGGAUACUUGCGGCUUUAUCUGAAGGUCCUUUAAAUAGAAUCAUGAUUGUUGAAAAUCAUGCACGUGUGGAUUAUAUAGUGAAAGAAAUUAAAGAAAGAACAAAAGUAUUUGCAAGAUACAAACCAAUGAUUACUGCUGUGAUAACUUGCUUUGAUUUUUCAGAAAAUCCUCAGAAUGACAAAGAGUUUAUUAUAAACAAUUUAGCUAAGCUAAAUAUCAGAUCUGUUAUGUUUGUUGGAAUAAAAGAUUCAGGAAUUAGCAUCUGUUAACAAAUUGAUCAAAUAUUAUUAAAAUCAGUCUAAUAAUAAGUAGAACUAUUAGAUUCAGAAUAUUUAACACAUUUUGACUUAAAUGAUUAUGAAGAUAAGGAUGGUUAAUUUUAAUAUUAAUUAGAAUGUGAUUCAGAAGAUUCAUUGAGGGAAUUUAGAAAAGUAUUUAAUAUUAUUUAAUAAACUAUAACUGAAUUUCCUAAUACAGAACCUGAUCUUUCUAAUAAAUUAUAAGCAUUAAUACAGUUUACUAAGUCAUAAACAGAAGCGAUAGUAAAUAAGUUUUUGAAAAAAAAUGAUCAUAUUUAUUAAAAACUUUUGGCAAAAGAAAAUGAAUUUGCUAUGUAUCUAGUUCAUAAUCAACUAAAGAAAGAAUUAGCAAAUGAUAUUGAAAAGAUUGUUAAAUUAACUUAAAAGAAGCUAUAGAGCAAUGCAUAACAUUGUUUUAAUUAUAUAAAAAAAUGUAAUUUCUGCAAUGCUAUCUGGUUAAAAGUAGAUGGGUGUGAAGGACUAACAUAUUGUGGAAGUGUUUCUAAUACAGACAUCCUUCAAAAGUAAGAAGAAGCUCCCCAAUAAUAUGAUGUUAAAAUUGUAGGAAUUAAAAUCAUUUUAGAAGUUAAUUUGUUGUAUUUAAAAAGAGUAGCAGAAAUUCAAAAAAUAGCUAUAAAAGAAAUUGUAUAUAUCAAGGCUUUGGUUGCUUAGAAAGCAUAAAAAUAGAAAAGGAAUGUUUUUAGAGCACAAUCCGGAAAAACUAUCACUUUAGGUGAAUUUGGAUGUGGUUAAUUAAUAAAUUGGAAUACAAUGAUACCAUUAAAUGAAGGUGAGUUAAAUGAACUUGUAGAUCCUGGAUUAAUUGAUUAUUAUAGAAUUUAAGAUGAUGAAGUAUCAAGAAAAAUGCAUUUAUAUAAAUAAGCAUUAAUUUCAAAGCUAGAGAAAGAAAUUAAUCUAUAAAAAAAUCACUUAAAAAAUUAAAAAAAAAUCUUAUGA